GACUGUGGGAGGAGCCGAGGGACUGUUAUAUUUUCCUGGAGGGAAUUUCUGCCGUGAGGGAGCGACGUGAUGAGAAUGAGGCCCUCAGUGUGGCCCGGGGCCCCUGUCCUGCUCUUCUGCUUGGCUUUCGGAGGGGCUCGGGAGGUGCAGGUCCCCGGGGGCCCGCUAUACAGAGUGGAGGGGACGGCCGUGUCCAUCCCGUGUAACGUGAGUGGGUACGAGGGCCCCUCCCUGCAGAACUUCGAGUGGUUCAUGUACCGGCCGGCGGCCCCCGACCAUUCCAUCGCCAUCGCCAGCACCAAGGAGAGCAAGUUUGCGUAUGCGGUGUAUGCGGCGCGGGUGCAGAGCGGCGACAUCUACAUCCACCGAGUGGGCGGGGACAGGGCGGAGCUUCGUAUCAAGCGCCUGCGGGAGGAGGAUGCCGGGGUGUAUGAGUGCUACACGCCCACCACCGACGCCCAGUACCUGGGCUCCUACAGCGCCAAAGUACUGCUCCGAGUGCUCCCAGACUCGCUGCAGGUUUCAGGCAGAUCUGCCCCCCGGGGGCGCUUGGUACCUGCCCCCCCGUUGCAGUUGACGCUGAGCGAGGGAAGUGAUUUGCACGUAGACUGCACAGCGCUCAGUGACUCCCCGCAGCACUCUCACCUGUCUGUCUCUUUCGGGCUGACGCGGCCGGGGGCCCCCGUGGGACGCCACACCUUGCAGGACAUUGUCUCCGUACAGAGGGAUUUCAGUGUAGAACCGGCCCAAUCGGAUCCUUACUCCCGGCGCCACCAGAUGGGGGAGCUGCGAGUAGAGAAAUCCGACAGCGGAACCUUCAAACUGGUGCUGUCUCGGGCCCAACCCCAGGACUCCGGUACCUACCAUUGUACGGCGGCCCAGUGGCUCCAGGACCCCGACGGGACGUGGCAGAGGGUCGCAGAGAAACGAUCCAUCUUGGCCGAAGUCACCAUCCAGACUAUUGAGUCUCAGCUGAAAGUGUCGUCGGGACCCCGAGAGCUGACAAUCAAUUCUGGGGAGGUGCUGGAGAUGUGGUGCAACGUGUCCCUGGCGGUGGUGCCGCCCCCGGACGUGGGCUUUGCAGCAGAGUGGUACAGGAAAGCCACGGAGGAUGCCCCCGAGCAGCUGGUAGCCCGGCUGAGCCAGGAUGGCUUUGUGACUAUGGGGGGGCGCUACAGUGGGGGCGAGGGGGGUGCCCGCCAUAUCUCCCUAGAGAAGAUGCCCCCCUUACCCGGUACUUACCGGCUCCGUAUCCAUUCGGCCCAGCCUGGGGAUGUGGGCUUGUACAGUUGCCGUGCCAACGCCUUGGUGACCUACCCGGGGGCCAGAGUGGAAGAGGUGGCGCAGAGAGUUGCCCCCAGUGUGGGUGUGGCUAUGAGGACACAAGAUGUUGCCCUGGAUGCCCACACACUACUGCAGUCUUCGACGCUGCACCGCGGGGACACGGCCAUCUUGCUCUGCAAUGUUACCGUGGAGACGCCGCAGCCAGUUCGUAUUGCGAUUAGCUGGUGGGCGGAGCUUCCCGGGGAGGAUCCAGAAGAGACGGCGGGGCGGUUAGUGGCCUCGCUGAGCCGGGAAGGCGUGUCGGAGACGGGCUUUCGGCUGUUUGGGGAGGAGCUAGUUACAGACAAGGCGGGGCCUCAGUGCUACAGGCUGCGCAUGUAUAAUAUCCAGCCGGAGGAUGAAGGGAAAUAUUACUGCGCCGCCACCGCCUGGGUCCAGUACCCCGACCUGAGCUGGUACAAUGCGGCCACGGCGCGGUCCAACUCCGUCACGCUCUAUCCCUACGCGCGGGCCAAGGACUUGCUGCUCAUCCCAAUGGUAGCCGGAGUGGCUAGUGCCCUGUUUGUGGGCAUCUUCAUCCUCGCCACCGUGACCUGCUGCUACAUGAAGCACCUCCGGAUCCGCAAGAGGUGAACUGGGCCGAGUGGCAGAACCCCCCAUUCCCACCAAUGAGAAGCCACUGACUGGCAGAACUUGUAAUGUGCCCCCCCCUGGGCCAUUCCUAGGGCACCCUGCCAUAUACCCCCCCCCGACUGCCCGACCUGGGCCAUUCCUAGGGCACCCCUGCCCAUAUACCCCCCCCGACUGCCCAACCUGGGCCAUUCCUAGGGCACCCUGCCAUACCCCCCCCGACUGCCCAAACCUGGGCCAUUCCUAGGGCACCCUGCCAUAGCCCCCCCGACUGCCCAACCUUGGGCCCAAUUCCUAGGGCACCCUGCCAUACCCCCCCGACUGCCCAACCUGGGCCAUUCCUAGGGCACCCUGCCAUACCCCCCCCCCACUGCCCAACCCGUGCCAUUCGUAGGGCACCCUGCCAUAUACCCCCUCCCCACUGCCCAACCCGUGCCAUUCCUAGGGCACCCUGCCAUAUACCCCCCCCCCCCCGACUGCCCAACCUGGGCCAUUCCUAGGGCACCCUGCCAUAUACCCCCCCCACUGCCCAACCUGGGCCAUUCCUAGGACACUCUAGAAGCGGCCUCCACUCCCCUGUACAGAGAAAGUCUAGGCGCGGCCUCCACUCCCCUGUACAGAGAAAGUCUAGGCGCGGCCUCCACUCCCCUGUACAGAGAAAGUCUAGGCGCGGCCUCCACUCCCCUGCUCAAAGCAAGUCUAGGCGCGGCCUCCACUCCCCUGCUCAGAGCAAGUCUAGGCGCGGCCUCCACUCCCCUGCUCAGAGCAAGUCUAGGCGCGGCCUCCACUCCCCUGCUCAGAGCAAGUCUAGGCGCGGCCUCCACUCCCCUGCUCAGAGCAAGUCUAGGCGCGGCCUCCACUCCCCUGCUCAGAGCAAGUCUAGGCGCGGCCUCCACUCCCCUGUAUGAUAGCCCUUGGCACGUGACCCAAGUCCGUGGGGGCCUCCAUGCCACUAUUUUUGUACGUUUCACAAGGGAUUUUGUGGACUCUGAUAAUAAAUGUGAAUUUUUAAAUGAAGGAAAGUCCGUGGGCUCUGGAAGAACCUUAAGACCCGUGGAAGGGUAAGGUCCAGGCUGCGGUUCUGCACAUAGCGGCUUGUACGUCUGGUUGGGGCUUUACUUGAAGCACAAUGGGUAUAUGUGUGGCACCGUCUGUGCCAGUGGGCCCUCUGCCAACCUUCCUACAGUGGCACCAGUUUUGCACUUUUGUUCUCCCUAAGGGCCCUAUUUUGCCUGGUGUUGGGGUUCCCCAACCCUUUCAUGGUACUUGUAUCUCUCAUAUAGUUGGCUGAGCCUGAGGCGCCCCAGAUUGUAACCUGUGUGGGCCCCUGCCCCAACCCUUUAAUGGUACUUGUAUCUCUCAUAUAGUUGGCUGAGCCUGAGGCGCCCCAGAUUGUAACCUGUAUGGGCCCCUGGGGGUGUUGGGGUUCCCCCACCCUUUCAUGGUACUUGUAUCUCUCAUAUAGUUGGCUAAGCCUGAGGCGCCCCAGAUUGUAACCUGUAUGGGCCCCUGCCCCAACCCUUUAAUGGUACUUGUAUCUCUCAUAUAGUUGGCUAAGCCUGAGGCGCCCCAGAUUGUAACCUGUAUGGGCCCCUGCCCCAACCCUUUAAUGGUACUUGUAUCUCUCAUAUAGUUGGCUAAGCCUGAGGCGCCCCAGAUUGUAACCUGUAUGGGCCCCUGGGGGUGUUGGGGUUCCCCCACCCUUUCAUGGUACUUGUAUCUCUCAUAUAGUUGGCUAAGCCUGAGGCGCCCCAGAUUGUAACCUGUAUGGGCCCCUGGGGGUGUUGGGGUUCCCCCACCCUUUCAUGGUACUUGUAUCUCUCAUAUAGUUGGCUAAGCCUGAGGCGCCCCAGAUUGUAACCUGUAUGGGCCCCUGGGGGUGUUGGGGUUCCCCAACCCUUUCAUGGUACUUGCUGUAUCCCCGCCCCCCCAGGGUUCUUCCCGCCCUCUCUCGGUACUGGGUGUGUCCAUCUCCCUCCGGUUCCCCAACCUGCUGAGCCCCUCCAUAUUAUUUCCAUGGUUCCUCAUUACAUGUAGGGGGAGAUCUGGGUGCGAGUAGUGGAGAUAUGGACUGGAACCUCAGCCGAGGGGGACAGGGUACAUACAGUUGCUAUGGGGUCGGUUGGGUUACUGGGUAGUGGAGAUAAGGACUGGAACCUCAGCAGAGGGGGACAGGACACAUACAGUUGCUAUGGGGUCGGUUGGGUUACUGGGUAGUGGAGAUAAGGACUGGAACCUCAGCAGAGGGGGACAGGACACAUACAGUUGCUAUGGGGUCGGUUGGGUUACAGGGUAGUGGAGAUAAGGACUGGAACCUCAGCCGAGGGGGACAGGGCACAUACAGUUGCUAUGGGGUCGGUUUGGUUACUGGAAACCACAUGUUUAUUUAUUGAGAUUUGUUAGGUUAAUUGUAAUUUUAUUGGUUUUCCUUCUAAUGUAGAAAUGCUGGUGUGGGUUAUGUUUUGUCUGAUUUCUCCCUGUUCUGCCCCAACUGCCCCAGUGCUGAUCCUUUUAUAAUGGACUCACUAUAUUCUGGGUCACACUGGUGUUGCCCCGCCCCUGAGGAACCAAGCAGGGGCUGUGGAACCAGAGCACUUAGAACCAUCACCCUUACAGCGCCCCCACCAGGGAUGUGGGGCAAUUGUGUGUGGCCCCGAGAUGCUGUGGAAUCUUUAUAUGUUAUGGACUAAAGCACCGGGCUCGUGUACAUUCCAUAUUGCUGGGGGUACAGAGACUAUGUGCCCCCCCUCUGUAAAUGUGACUGCUGAUCUCUGUGCCAUGGAAUAAAUCUCUAAUGUCUGUCUAA